AUGCGACGCGACCGCAGCGAAGGCAGGUCUCGAGCUCCAGCGACCAUGUCUGUCGUCGGCUUCGACAUUGGUAAUUUGAACUGUUACAUAGGGAUUGCUCGUCAAGGUGGAAUAGAAGUGAUAACAAAUGACUAUUCUUUGCAUGCAACUCCGUCCUGUGUAUCAUUUGGCGCAAAAAACCGCUCAAUGGGUGUGGCUGCUCGCCAAUCAGUGAACACAAAUUUCAAGAAUACCAUCAUCCACUUCAAACACAUGCUUGGGAGAAAGUUCAGUGAUCCGAUCGCUCAGAAGUUUGCUCCGUUCGUACCUUGCCAAACCGUGCAGCUACCAAAUGAUGAAAUUGGAUUCAAGGUGAACUAUCAAGGUCACGAGGCUGUAUUCACUCCUGAGCAGGUUCUUGCGGCUCUUCUAACUAAACUCAGGGAAAUCAUUGAGAGUCAAUUGAAAGAUGUGAAAAAAGUGACUGAUUGCGUAAUUGCGGUACCUUCAUAUUUUACUGAUGUGCAGCGACGCGCCGUGCAUGCUGCUACGCAAUAUGCUGGAUUGAAUGCGUUACGCGUAAUGAACGAAAGCACUGCGAUUGCUCUCACUUACGGGAUCUACAAGCAGGAUCUUCCUGAAGAGUCCGCUAAGGCUCGGCACGUUGUGUUCUUGGAUGUCGGGCAUGCGUCCACUGAAGCAAGCGUUGUUGCAUUCCACAAGGGCAAACUUCAGAUGCUUGGCACUGCCUACGAUCUCAGUGUUGGUGGUAUUUGGUUGGAUGCUGUAUUACGGGAACACUUUUGUCAGAUGUUCAAGAAAACAUACGGAAUUGACGCUAAAGAAUCACCUCGUGCAUGGCUCCGUCUUCUGGAUGAAUGUGAGAAAGUUAAGAAGCAGAUGUCAGCCAAUCAGACUCCCAUUCCGUUGAACAUCGAAUGUUUCGUCAAUGAUAAAGAUGUUACAGGCAAAAUCCAGAGGUCGGAGUUUGAAGAAAUAGCUGCGCCUCUGUUCGAAAAAAUACGUCAACUUCUUUUGCAUUUGCUUGAGGAGACUGGUGUAAAGAAGGAAGAUGUGGACGCUGUCGAGAUGGUUGGAGGUUCUUCUCGCAUUCCUAUCAUUCGUCGUAUCAUUAAUGAAGUGUUCGGGAAAGAUCCCAAAACAACAAUGAAUCAGGAUGAAGCUGUGGCAAGAGGAGCCGCUAUGCAGUGCGCUAUCCUUUCUCCAGCUUUCCGCGUGCGCGAGUUCUCCAUCAAAGAUGCCCAACCGUUCCGUAUCAAGAUCACAUGGUCAGGUGGUGCUUCCGAAGGAGGGGAGUCUGAUGUUUUCGUGGAACGCGAUGAAUUUCCAUUCUCAAAGAUGGUCUCGUUAUAUCGGUCUGACACAUUCCAAGUUGAUGCUCGUUAUGCACUUCCAAAUACUGUUCCACAUACCACUUCUGCUAUUGGGUCCUGGCGUGUUCUUGGUGUUACCCCGAAUGCGGAAGGUCAACCUCGUAAGGUUAAGAUAAAGGUCCGUCUCAAUCCCAACGGUGUGUUUGCAGUAUGUUCCGCAACUAUGUAUGAUACUCAAGUCGUUGAGGAAUCGCCAGCGCCUGAAGAGCAACCGAUGGAGCAAGAUAGUACUUCCCAACCUCCUGCAGAGCCGCCUGCUCCUGGUGCUCCACCAACCGAUGCCGCUGCACAACCACCUGCUCCACCGAAACCGAAGACGAAGACUACUUCCACGGAACUGAAGAUUGAAGAACGACUCCCGGUAGUCUACGAUAUCGAUAAAUAUACUGACAUUGAGCUGAAGAUGCAAGCUGCUGAUCUUCAUGAGAAGAUGAAAGCUGAUGCCAAGAACGCAGUUGAGGAGUACGUAUAUGAAAUGCGUGAAAAGCUUUCGGAUUCGCUAGCUGAUUUUGUUACUGAGAAGGAUGCGGAGGCUCUUCGGGCCGAACUAUCUGCCGUUGAGGAGUGGUUGUAUGAUGAAGGAGAAGAUGCUGAGAAACCGGUUUACGAACAACGUCUUGGAGAACUCAAGAAACUUGGUGACCCUAUUGUUGAGCGCUACAGAGAGGCAGAAGCAAGAAAGCCAGCUUUUGACGCAUUCGAUAGGUCAAUCAUUCGAGUGCGAAAGGCAUACGAAGACUAUGUGGCUGGGGGAGAAGCUCAUGCUCACAUUGAUAGUGCCGACAUGGAGAAGGUGAUUAAUGCCAUCGAAGAGAAAAAACGCUGGUUAGACGACGCCCGUCAUAGACAGGAGAGGAGGUCAAAAACCGAGCCACCCGUCGUAUUUGCGAACGAGAUUGCCCAGAAACAACAAGCUUUUGAAGCUAUUGUUAUGCCCAUUUUGAACAAGAAGAAGCCAGCACCACCACCACAGAAGAAGGAAUCGAAGCCUGAGAAACCUCCGAAUGGAAAUUCUGGAGACAAUGCUGCUUCUCAGCAGCAAUCAACUGAAAUGGAAGUUGACUAA